GGAAGUAAUAUAGAUUCCACUGAUGGUCAACAGGACUACCAAGUGACAAAGAAACUUUCCAAACUUGAAGAAGAGUAUGUUUUAAUUCAGAAAACCUGUUCCAAACAGUUAGUUUAUAGUUGUGACCAUUUCUGUGGUGGUCUUGCUGACAGACUGGAUGGAAUAAUGGGUGUGUUUAUCUGGGCUUUACUGACUGGAAGCUGUUUCCACAUAAACUAUGGACACCCUUGUUAUCUCGAUAACUUCCUUACUCCCAGUGGGGUCAUCAACUGGCUUCAACCUUUUCGUAUGGAUAACAUGAACUUCCUUGAUUUCAUUCACCCAACUGGGGAGUUUCAGAGGGAACUUAAGCAAUCUAUUCAAUACUCUAAUAUCAGUAUUGAUGAAAAGUACCCAGCUGAUAACUAUGCUAUAAGACUUAAUGAGAAUUUAUUUGAAGCUUUUCAAGGUAAUCCUAUGUACAAAGAACAUUUAGAGAAGUUUGGGUUCAAUGAGGAGACUACAAGUGAAGAUGGGUUUAUUAUGGUGUAUGAUGCUCUAUUUAAAAUGACACCAAAGAUCAAGGGAGCCCUGAAUGAAUUCAAGCAACAGUUGGAACCAGAUUCGCAGCUUAUCUGUGCACAGUUGCGUAUACCAGAUCGUAUGCCGAUAGAAUACUUAGACGAUAAUGCUGAACAAUUAAACAAUGUUUGGACGUUUCUAAAAUCAUACCAAAAACAAACAAACUUUAAAUAUUUUGUCACAACGAAUUAUGAAGCAUUACGUGAGAGAGCAAAAGCUAUAUUUGGUGAUGAGUUAGUUGAUACUAAAGGCCCUACAGCCCAUAUAGACAUCGACAAGAAACAAUUGGCAUGUGAGGGGCACAGUAAGGUGAUUCUUGACUUCGAGAUCUUAUCCCAGUGUGAUGUGUUAUUAAUCUCUGGGGGGAGUGGGUAUGGAAG